AUGGAUUUUGCCAAGACGACAACGGACGGUUGGGUCGAAUGCAUAAAGGUGAAAGAUGACGUGAUCCUUAAGAUAACAGAGGACAAACGGGAGUUGAAGCGCGAAAUAGGAAACACUUUGAAAGUCUUUGUCAAAUGUCAGUCUACCCUCGAUGACAUCAAAAAGAGUUUGUCAGAGAUUCAAUCCGAUGGUUCUGAACUUCUUUUGAAGUUCAAAGAUCUACCCAUACCCCCGACGAGUGACCCAGUGCCACCUUCUCGGAACAUUGAUGCUGCGUUCAUAGAUCAACUAACUAAAAUGAACGAGGAAUUUAAUACCAAAGUUAAAUUUGAAAAGGCCUUACUCUUUGAAGUCAAAGGGUUGAACAAGGAUGUGCUGAUUCUCACCUCUUCCCUGAACGCGCUUAUCGAAAACAUUUCAGAUUGUACGGUGACUUUGAAAGAAUCUUGCUCCACCCUUGUCCAGCUCUGGGAAGCCGCCCUUAGGAUGUCAGGCCCCUCCAAUUAGGAGGCUUUACCUAGUUUACAAGUUUUAAGAACUGCUUUCCGUUUUUGAAAUCUGAUGUUUAUCUUGUUUACAAGU